CGUGCGUGCGCGCGCCCGGCCGCCCGCCCGCGCCCGCUCGCUCUCGCUCUGCUGUUGCUGCCCUUUGAUCCCAGCAUUAGUGUUAGUUAGGGGCUCGAGACACACACACUCUCUCUCACACACACACACUCACACACACACAGAGAGAGAGAGGGAGAGAGAGAGAGAGAGAGAGAGAGAGAGAGAGAGAGAGAGGAGAGCGGCCAUAGCCAAGACACGGCGACUACAACAACAGCACCUCCUCCUGCUGUACCGCUCCCAACACACACACACACACACACACUCGGAGCGAAGCGAAGACGGCCAGGUGCACGCGGCGAGUCCCCCCGCCAUCGAGCUCGCUCCCGCGCCACAUUUCCAUGGCGAAGGACCUUUUCGCUUCUCGCGCCUGAGACCAAGAAGGAGAAGAACAAGAAGAAUGUGAAAGACUAAGAAGAACAAGGAGAACAAGAAGAAGAAGAAGGGUUUUUUUUCUUUCUUUCUUUUUUUUUUAAAAUGCCCAGGAGGAAACAGGAGCAACCGAAGCGCCUUCCUUCGCAUGCAGAGCCAGCUGAGGACGGGGCGCUAGCGGGCAGCUCGGUGGUGGAGGACGGCUGGUUUGGGAACAAUUCCGACAGUCCUUCGACGUCGUCCUACGGUGAUGUGCAGGAUGACCCGCGGGUGUCUCCGGAGGACGGGGCACGGCCGGACCGCGCCACCUUGGCCGGAAGUCCUCCGGGCUGCGCUACGCCUAGUCAACGGGUGUCGCUGGAGCUGCUGGGGCUUGACGCACGCACCUUGUCCGCACAGGACAUGUCCCUGGUGUCCUCUGUUUCGCUGUCGUCCAUGGUGUCAUCUUUGUAUGGCGACUCGGCUCACGGUCUCUCCAAACCGCUCAGCAGCAAUCUGCGCAGACUCCUGGAGUCCGGCUCAGUCAAGCUGGAAUCGGGGGAGCUGGUUGGGCGAGGUGUGGGCCGAGGGGCGGAGUCUCCACCUGCAGGUCUGGCGCUGUCUCCGUCCUCUCAUCACGCCCAGCAGCUGAGCGCCCUUGCACGCAGACUUGCCAACAGCAGUAACAACGGGGUCAGCUCCUCCUCCACCUCGCCCGCCUCAGGGCCCGUGGUAAAGCAAGAGCCUGGAGACCCGUUCGGGCCGGCCGAGCCCACCAGCUCGGGCAGCACUGGCUUUGUUUGGGUCGGAAUGGCUGAAAAAUGGCCGCCGGCCGGAAGCCUGUCUCCUGAUUCGGCCAUUCAGAAACUGAAAGCAGCAGCCAACGCCGUUCUCCAGGACAAGAACUCCACCUCUUCAUCUUCCUCCUCGUCCUCCUCUUCGGUCACCUCGUCCUCUUCUUCAUCCUCCUCUUCGUCCUCGGUGCCGCCUCUCGGAGGGCGCUCGGACGACUCUGUGCGCUUCGACUCCUUCGCGUCGCCCUUCAGCUCGCAGUCUGCCAGCUCCACACUCGCCGCACUCUCCAAGAAAGUGUCAGAGCGCAGCCAGCAUCAGCAGCAGCCGCAGCAGCCACCCUCAUCCGCCCCCUUCCUCUCUCUCGUCUCCAUGACCUCCUCAGCAGCACUGCUUAAAGAAGUGGCGGCUCGGGCCGCCGGCAACAUGCUGGCCGAUAAAAAAGAGCCGCAGCUGGCGACGGCCAACACCGAGGACUCUAAACCGCAGCUAGACAGGAACCACAAGGCUCCGACGCCCAACCAGAGCAUGGAGCUUCUGCUGCCCGUUGCCCCCAAGGGACGCACCAAGCCCAGCAGCCAAGCAGGUUCACCAGAGGACAGCGGGAAGCCCUUCCAGUGCCCCGUGUGCGGCCUGGUCAUCAAACGCAAGAGCUACUGGAAGCGACACAUGGUGAUUCACACCGGGCUGAAAAGCCACCAGUGUCCUCUGUGUCCCUUCCGGUGCGCUCGCAAAGACAAUCUCAAGUCGCACAUGAAGGUGCACCAGCACCAGGACCGGGGCGAGACGUUCCAGUGUGAGCUGUGUCCCUUCACCUCAUCACGCCACUUCAGCUUGAAGCUGCACAUGCGCUGCCACCAGCACUUCCCCCGGGGCGAGCUCAAGGUCAAAGAGGAGCCGUGCACCGACGCUGAGGAGGCCGAGGCUGAGCGGGCAUCGGGCACGGGCACCUCGCCGUCUCCCACUCUGUGCCAGGCCCCAGGCGAACCCUCCUCCAAUCACGCACACAUCAAAGAGGAGCCUCAGGACCUCGCCCUGACGCCGCCGUUCCCGCCUGUCAGAGAGCGACCGGGCAGCAGCAGCAGCUCACUGGAUCUGCCCAGGAUCAGCGCCAGUCCACCCGGUCCAGGAACGGCCACCCCGGCCGCCUCGCUCUUCAGCCCCGACAUCAGCACCAAGACGGCUACUGACCUCCUAAUGAAGCUCUCUGCGGCGAACCAGAAGGAGGCACUGAAGAGCGGGUUCUGUGUGAAGGAGGAGCCCGAGGCGGAGGAGGCGUUGAGUCCAGCGAGAUGUCCACCGUUCAGCCUGGCACACGACGCCCCCGUGGCACCCGGCAGGCCGCGCCAAGAGGGCAGCAUCCUCAGCCACGACAUCAACGUCAAGGUGGCGUCCGAACUGCUCAUGAAACUCUCAGAGAACAGCAAGGACACCUGUCUCCAGAAAGCAGCGGUAAAGGCGGAGCCCAUGGAGGUGGACCCACCCUCGGAAGUGGCUCCGCCCCCUUCUCACCUGCUAGGCUUCAGCACUUUAGGGGCAUGCGAGAAGAAGGAGCCGAUGGCUGGCCUUCCGGAGCCUCUGCCCCGCCCCAACAAAGACCUCUUCUCCCAGGACAUAUCGGUCAAAAUGGCCUCCGAGCUGCUCUUCAAACUGUCUGAAAAAGUAAGCAAAGCUAAUGAAAAUAAAGACAGCACGUCGUUCGGCAUGACCAGCCCUUUUCUGGACGACCGCUUUAGACAAUCGCCCUUCAGCACGCGCUCCAAGAGCUCUUCCCCAGCCGAGGCCAGCUCCUCCGCCCGAGCUUCCCAGCUGCAAGAUUUAGAGAAACCGCUGUGCGAGACGGGCAACGGCCUGCCACAGUGGAGACUCAAUGAGCAGCUCUUCCCCUGUCCGGUGUGUGGUAAAGUGUUUGGCCGUCAGCAAACUCUCUCCAGACACCUUUCCUUACACACAGAGGAAAGGAAGUAUAAGUGUCACCUGUGCCCGUAUGCAGCAAAGUGCCGUGCCAACCUGAACCAGCACCUCACCAUCCACUCGGUCAAACUGGUCAGCACGGACGCCGAGCACCUCGUUAACUCAGUCACCAGCGAUGGAGGAGAACGCAAAAACUGCCCCUACUACUACAGCUGUCGAGUGUGCGGUUUCCAAACGGAGCUGAAUGCACAGUUUGUGAGCCACAUGUCUCUGCACGUGGAUAAGGAGCAGUGGAUGUUCUCACUAUGCUGUAACUCGUGUGAGUACGUGGGAGUGGACGAGGCAGAGAUGAAGGCUCAUAUCAACGCUGAACACACAGGCCUGAAUUCCAGGAGUCCCCUGAGUGAGAGCAAGAGCACGUCUUCAUCUCUCUCAGCCCUCAGCGACUCCCUGAACAGCUCUGAAAGCGGAGACGUUACCCAGGGAAGCGAGGAACUCAAAAGCCUGUUGGCCCCGCCCUCAUCUGCCAGCAGCCAAUCGAGCUUGGUGUCAGGAAUGGAGGAGAAAUCAGAAAAAGGCUUUGAAUGUGUGUUCUGCAACUUUGUGUGUAAGACACGGACCAUGUAUGAGCGGCACCUGCAGAUCCACCUGAUCGCCCGAAUGUUCGAGUGUGAUGUCUGCCACAAGUUCAUGAAGACGCCUGAGCAGCUCCUCGAGCACAAGAAGUGCCAUACGGUCCCUGCUGGAGGGCUCAAGUGCCCUCUGUGCAUGUACUCCACCAGCAGGGCGGCGGCCAUGGAGUGCCACCUGAAGACGCACUACAAGACGGAGCACCGCUGCCGCAUCUGCCAGGCGGCGUGGGCGAGCCGGGCCGAGCUGGAGCGGCACGCGCGCGCCCACCGUCUGGGCAACCACUACCGCUGCGAGCAGUGUGGCUACCUGGCCAAGACGGCCAACAAGCUGAUAGAGCACGGACGCGUGCACACGGGCGAGCGCCCCUUCCACUGCGACCGCUGCAGCUACAGCUGCAAGCGCAAGGACAACCUUAACCUGCACAAGCGGCUAAAGCACGCACCACGCCACGCACUCGGCUGUGCCCGCUGUCCCUUCACCACCACGCACCCGUUUGUCUACAACCGCCACGUCCGCAAGCACCAGGUUGGGGAGGGCAGUACCCAGGAGGAGGCCAAGGCUUUCACGCCGCGUCCACUCAGUGCUGAUGCCAUCGAGCCCUUUUACCUGCCUGACGGUAGCAGUAGCAGCCCGCUCAUGAGCCUGAGCGCCUCACAGGCCUUGCAGUCGGUUGCCUUGUCUGUUUCGGGUAUGCUGCCUGCCGCCGCGCCCUCCCCGCACUACCUCUGUGCCAAUGGAGCUUCUCCUACAUCUUCGCCGACACUGGCAGCUCAUUAUUUCGAGCAGUACAGGACCUCAGAUCCGGCUCAUCUCAUACCUCUCACCACACUCUUCAGCGCUCGCCGCCGCUUCACAUUCCAUAGCCAUGCCCCUUCACGUUCUUCUCCACCUUUCUCCAGACUCUGGCCCCGCCCAUCUUCACAGACCUCACCCUUGCACAUGUCCCCCAAACACUCCUUCCUGGCGUAUCUGGGACUGACAGAAAGGGCAAAAACCGUCUGAGUUGCCCGUCUCAUUUGAGCUACCUACCUCUACAUUUUCCUUUAUUUGUCAUUCUUCCUUCAUCUUUCCUUUCUUUCACUCGCCCCUGCAGCAUCCGGACAGCGGCUAGGCGUGACCGGUCCUGCUCACAGCAGUUCUGUCUGUUGGAGAAUGCUGCUCCUGAGGAAAUGAACGAACACACAGUGUUUAUCAAAGGAAAAAAAAAAGGCUGUAUGAGCUCUCAAUGAAUUUAUAUCAAAGCUGCUUUUCUUUAUUAAUCUAAUUAUUCUGCUUUUGUUGGUCUUUUCUUUUCUGCAGAUUUUGAAUGACCAUGAAACAGAUAGUAGUGAUUUCCAUAGGAGUUUUGUUUUCCCUUCUAUGAGGAGGUAAAAAGAAAAACAAAAGAUGCAAAUGUCUAAGCGCUCGACAUUUUUUUGUGCAUUAGUAUGUCUUUUUGCCAAGCAUCAGGUAGCAUGCUCGCCUAUGUGUUACGAUUGUUUUAUGUGUCAUUUAGGGACUCAAUACAAAAUAUCCCAGGGCGUUUGCACCACGACAAAAAAAGAGGAAAAAAAUAGACACGAAUCGCUUUCUUACAAGUCUCAUUUUCAGAGCAACGCCUCGAACCAUGCACUUGAUUAUUUAUCGAACUGUAUAUAGUUUUGUAGCCAUUUCUCCCAUAAAGUCCCCACCCCUCACCACCCCACCCCUCUCCACUGCCCCACAAUGCGUAUUGGCGUGGAAUGGGUUUCAGGCUUGGCGACACCAUUCCUGAAACACUGAUCUUGGCUCGUAAGCUGAAGGCUAUUUACCAGUCAUGCACAGCUGAUGGCAGAACAGUUAUUUUUUAUUUAUUUUUUCUUCGAGACAAGCCAUUCAGGGGCCCAUGAUUCAGUGGUCCAUGCUAUCCUAGCUUCCUCUGUAGGAACAGUUUGUCCACCGUAAACCCCCCGAAAAACCACAGCUCUUGCCAUUACUACACAUUGCCACAGACUGUGCCAAAAGCUAACCAAGUUUGAAAGAUAAGAGUGAGCAGUCGAGCCCUGUGCAUAGCUAUUGCAUUGUAACACGCACCUAUACAUUUACGAGAAUAAUCAAGGUGACGGGUUGUUGGGGGAGAAAAAUCCCACGUGUCCAGUCACGCAAGGCCGAUUCAAUGGUGCUUCUUGAAGCUUUUUUUUUUUUUUUUUUUUUUUUAAAUCAUUACUUUUUUGUUGUUUUUCUUUGGUGUAAAAAAGGAGAAACUGUUCCAAAAUGACUUGAAUGAAUGUACUUUUCGUUGGUUCAUGUUAAAGUGAUACAGAGGUAGAAAGAGUCAAGAUAUGAAAAAUAGUGGUCUAUUGGUUUUGGUGGCCUUCUGUGUCUUAACAUUUCUGUUUUGUUUUUUAUUCAUUUCCUACCAUUUUUAAUGAGCCUUUACAGUGUAAAAUAUAUAAUUAUAUAUCCUGUACUAACAAGCUGUUAUGAAGAUCUCAUUGGAUAAUGGCUCUUAAGUGCAAUGUUGAGGCAGCCGUUAUUUCUAAGGAGGAUUUGCAGAAGCACGGCUUUCUCUAAAGCGGGCAAACAUGGUACUAGUAUCCUGUGUUCCCCCCUCUCUCCAUUUCCUUUUUUUCCAUUUUAAUUGCACUUACCAUGUUGACACAUUUCAAGCAAAAGCACUUAAGCCCAAUAAAAUUUCCUUUGAUGCCACUUCCACCAACCUUGUCAGACUACAGCAAUGGCAUUUAUACGAUGGCUCACUUGGUAUCUGUCAUAUAGGUUGGAGGAAAAGAAAUAAAUAUAAAGCUCUUACUCAUUUCACAGAUGUUGCCCAUGUUGGACAGCUCAGUUUAAAAGUGAAUCGUACAUUAGGAAUACAGUAGAUUUUCACCUGGCUUCUGAAGGACCAGGCUAAAUUUGUAAAUGCCAGUUUUGCACUGUGCUGUAAAAUUGCACUUUUCCAAACAAAUCAGUGGAUUAUAAGAAAUGAAAAGGAAAAAAAAAAAAAUCUGAAACUAGAAUCUGAAUUAGAAUCAGAAAUUAGUAUUUUUAAAAAAAAUUAAUAGCUCAGUCUAUGAUAAGCUCGGAAACUCUUGAAGUUUGGGAUCGAGUCUGAGGAAAUGCUCUAUAGUGAGGCUCCAAUGUGUUCAGAGCUCAGAACUGCAGUCAGACACUAAAUUACUAGACUGAUUAGUAUGAUUGCCUUUUCAUUAAAAAAGAAAAAAAUCAUAAUUGUAUUUAUCAGGCCCAUCCUGAGGAAUAUUAAAAAUUCAAGCUAGUCUAGCUAUAGUUUUUGUGCAAUAGUCAAUGAAUUGUCCCACUUUCAAAUCAAAUCAGUGGCAACAAAAUGCUUUAUUUAUUCUUUAGUCAAAGACUAUUACCUUAUAUAAACACUAGCAAGCCACAAAGUCCAUGAUUGUGCAUGAUACUGGAGCUGCCAUGUCCAUAACAAGCAUUAUUUCAACCUCAAUAUUUUCAGUUCUAUGCAAAGUGUGUCCAACUCGCUAAAGCAACAAAUACAGACUGUUGCCUUGAAUAAUCCUCGAACCGAUCCUAUGGUCCGAUGUGCUAACUUUACUUCCGAUCCAAUUUACUUCCGGACAUUACAAAGAAUAUCAAAAAAGCUCAAUAGGUAAAUCAGAAGCAAAAUGUUAGUCAUGUAGUCGGUUGUACAUUUUGGCUUCUAAUCUUUCACGAAGGAAUAAAAUAAAUAAAUAAACAAAUAAAACAGCUGUAGUGCUGGCUACAUGAACAAACACACCCUUGCUCAUGUGAGCGCAUGUUGCAACUUACAGCAAAAUGAAUAAUUAGUAUUCACCAUAACACCGGCUGUAAUUGUUAGUUCUACAUGAACAUCUUUGCGAACCCCGAGUUCACACGCAGAUAAAGGGACUCUUAACCCUGGAGCAUUACUCACAGAGCUGACCCUCGGCUCAUCUCUCCAACGCUGGCUCCCUAAUUAAGCUCAGUCUUCUCUGUCUUUGGAGAAGAUGAAUCGGAAUGAAGAUGUGAAUUUUUAUGACCAAGUUGUGAAUUUAUAAAUGCAGCUUUGCAUCUCGCUCUCGAGUUGGUUCAACCAACAAAGCUACCCCCCCCCUUUCUUUUCUUGCAUUUUCAUCCCAUGUUAUUAACUUUUCUCUGCAUAGAUGCCCAGCAUGCAGACGAAGUGCUAUGGCAUGCAUCAAGCGGAGCUGCUGAUCAUUACUGACGCUCCAGCCCCAUGCCUUCUUUUAUGCUCUAGUGCCACGUCGUGGAAAAGAUGUGGCCUGGAAGGCCCAAGAAUGAGUCAGACUGAUUCUCGGGACCUGUUCAGAUAAAUUAAAAAAAUAAAUCAGAUGGAUAAGAUCCUAUUUGUCUCAAUAAACCACGUAAUCGUUUUGUAAAAGACGGUGAUGGCUGUAGCUCAGUCCUGUCCGAUUGUGUGGGCAGGAAAUGGAGGACAGGAAUCCCCCUCUGUGCUGCCGCCAGUACUCAAGCACUUACUCUUGUGUGUCUUUUGCCUAAAAGCAAAGGGGCAGUGCUCUUCUUUCUUUGUUUAAAUUUUCUUUGUUCUUCAACAUCAUUGUGCAUUACGCGAGACUACCUUUAUAGCCCUACAAAAGAUGCAUGAAAUUGAUCGCUCUUUUCUAACUUGUAGCACUUAUGUUCUUUCUUCGUUAAAAAAAAAAAAAUAAAAAAUACUCAAUUUGCAUUUACCUUGAUAUUUUCUUUUCCAGCACAUUCUGUUUGCUUUGCAUUUGUUGUUGUAUUUUAUGACUCAAUAAGGCUCAAUGAUCAUUUGGUUUUUGUUUGUUUGUUUGUUUGUUUUUUGGCACUCAGUAAAAUGAUAUGCUGUAAAAUAAAGCUUUUUUUAUUACUUCAUUCCUAAGGCUGUACAGGGUUGUUUGUGACAAUAACUGGUAAUUAGACCAUUUGUACCUUCAUUUUUGUUUUGUAUAUUUUUUUUCCCCUCAGUUUGGCAUUUCUUAUGUUCAGAUUGCCAGUUCUAAAUGUAACAAGAUUUGAAAGUAAAGCUUACAUCAGAUA